UGACAACUUGUGCUAAUCAAACACAGAACGUGUUUUUGAGAAAACAAAGCGUUUUGUUAUGAGAUUUACGUUUCUAACCACUAUAUCAAAUCUAACAAAAAAAUGUUCGAUUUUGGAGAUACGUUGGCCUUACUGAUAGGUUUAGUUGCUUCAAUUAUCAUAAUUUUAGCCUGUCUAGGAGCAUACGUUAGAACAAAAGUGUUUCUAACCCCCCACCAUGACAUAUAUGCCAUCGCCAAAAGCGCGGAGAAUACGAAGUGGGAUUCCACAUAUAUGGCAAAUGCAAUUGCCGCCGUUCGUGAAAAAAGGAUGGGCUACUUAAAAGCUUCGCAGCAUUUCAAGGUGCCACGUUCGACGCUGUUUGAUAAAAAUUUUGAGUCUAUGCCAGUAGACUACGCCCUUAACAUGGAAAGCAAAUUUUAUGGUUUGUCCCAAAGUGACCUGCGAAAAAUGGCUUACGAGCUGGCUGCAAAAAAUAACAUUCCAAAUCCAUUUACUAAUCAAGCUGCAGGCAGAUAUUGGCUUAAAGGUUUUUUGCAAAGAAAGAAAACUUUGACCGUGCGUAAGCCAACAGGCACAUCGUAUGCUAGAGCUCAUGGUUUUACUAACGCAUGA